GUACCUUGGGAAAUUGGGGUGAGGUUGUGGGCGGUGUCAGGGUAUGAGGCAAAGGGGCGCAGCUCGCCGAUAUGGCCUUUACCUCAGCAAACCAACCUCAGCUGAUCCGGAGCAGCCAGAAAGAUGAGCAGUUCCAGAGCUCCCUGAAGGGCCAGGCUCAUGAGGCCUGCCAGGCCUUUACUGGUGCCAAAAAAUGGCUGCAGUGGAGGAAAGAGAUUGAGCUGCUGUGUGAUCUCACUUACUACACUCUUACCACAUUUUCAGGUUACCAAACCCUGGGAGAAGAGUAUGUGAAUAUCGUCCAGGUGGAUUCUUCUAAGAGGAAAGUGCCAUCCAUUGUGCCGCGUUCUCUACUCAUCUGCUGCCACACCUUGUUACCUUAUUUCCUGGACAAAGAACUAGUCCACGUGGAACAUGAGCUUCAGACGGAGAUCGAUGGAGUCCGGCUUUCACACAGCAACUUGUAUUCCGGCAGCCACCACCGCUCAUGGCUGUGGAAGUGGGUGCACAGAAAGAUCGCUUCUCUCUCAGAACAGCAGAAAAAGACUCUGGUCAAGACUGUUUAUGCCAUCAGGCAAAGUAUCGCCUUUCUCAGAAGGCUGCAUCUGGCCAUAUUCUAUAUGAAUGGAACCUUCUACCAUAUUGCCAAACGCAUCACCCGUAUCACUUAUCUUAAUGUCCGUGGAUCACUUGGGGAUGAUAAUAAUAUUGUGCGUCGGAGUUACAGUCUCCUGGGUGCAGCAUCGCUGGUUCAUCUCUUGUUGCUGCUCUAUAUUCAGCUGAGUCACUUUCAGCAGAAGCAGGAAGCCCAGCCGAAGUUUAAGCUACACCGCAGGAUGUCCUACCAGAGGGCGCCGCCACAUGAGAAAUCCUAUCAGCGAAUCUCCAAGUGCACAUUGUGUUUAGAACAUCGUAAACACACUACAGCUACACCGUGUGGCCACCUCUUCUGCUGGGAGUGCAUCACCGAAUGGUGUAACACAAAGGCCGAAUGCCCUCUGUGCCGAGAAAAAUUCAAUCCACAGAAGCUGGUCUACCUGCGGCACUACCGAUGACUUUUUGUCUCCCCCAGACCAAGAUGUCUUCACAAGCAGCUGCUGCACCUCUCGCCUUUUACAGCUUAAGUGUUCUAACCUGUUCUACUGGAGAAGUGAGACUCCAGGCCAUACUAACACUUUAUUGUUUACACAAUGUGUGCAGCCAAACAUUUGUAGUCGCGGCUUAUACUGUGUGCCACGUGUAUCUAAAUGCUGAAGUGUAAUUGAACUGAUACCACAUC